UCAACAUGAAAUAUUGGUGCUAGAUUUUGGCAAAAUAAUUUGUGUUUCGAUUCAUUUCAACAUACAAAAACACCCAAAUUAAACACAGACUUCCAUCCCUAUCCCUCUCUUGCAAUGGAGUUUGGAAGUGUUGUUCAGUUUCUCGAGGACAAGACCAUUUUGAUCACGGGGGCAACUGGGUUUCUAGCAAAGAUUCUUUUGGAGAAGAUCUUGAGAGUCCAGCCAAAAGUGAAGAAGAUUUACCUUCUUUUAAGAGCUGCUGAUGCCAAGUCUGCUUCACAACGCAUACAAAAUGAGGUUAUAGGGAAGGACUUGUUUAGAAUCCUAAAGGAAAAAUGGGGUGAAAGUCUAAAUUCCAUCGUCACCAAAAAGAUAGUACUGGUCCCUGGCGACAUCUCUUACGAAGACGACUUGGGAGUGAAAGACUCAAAUCUGAGGGAAGAGAUGUGGAGUCAAUUAGAUGUUGUAGUUAACUUAGCUGCAACAACCAACUUUGAUGAAGGGUAUGAUGUUGCACUUGGCAUCAACACAAUGGGAGCUAAGCAUGUCUUAUGUUUUGCCAAGAAAUGUGUCAGACUAAAGGUUCUUGUCCAUGUAUCCACUGCUUUUGUUUCGGGGGAGAGAGCCGGACUGAUUCUAGAGACUCCAUAUGGCGUAGGCGACACCCUUAAUGGUGUCUGUGGAUUAGACAUCGAUGAAGAGAAGAAACUGGUUGAUCAAAAACUAAAUGAACUUCAAGCUGAAGGUGCCACAGCUGAAGCAAUUAAGGAUGCCAUGAAAGACAUGGGCAUGGAAAGGGCUAAGGUGUAUGGAUGGCCAAACACCUAUGUAUUUACAAAGGCAAUGGGAGAGAUGCUUGUAGGACACUUGAAGGAAGAUUUAUCCGUGGUCAUCAUACGCCCUACCAUUGUUACCAGUACAUACAAAGAACCUUUCCCCGGUUGGGUUGAAGGUGUCAGAACAAUUGAUAGCCUAGCCGUUGGUUAUGGGAAAGGAAGACUAACAUGCUUUCUUGGAGAUAUUACAGGAAUCGUUGAUGUGAUACCAGCUGACAUGGUGGUGAAUGCGAUAAUUGUGGCCAUGGUGGCUCAUGCUAAUCGACCAUCCGAGAAUGCAAUUUAUCAAGUGGGAUCGUCAGUAAGAAAUCCUAUGAGAUACACUAAUCUUCAAGAUUGUGGCUUUAAUUACUUCACCAAUAAACCUUGGAUUGGUAAGGAUGGGAAGCCUGUCAAGGUUGGCAGGGUUAAAGUAUUAAGCAGCAUGGCUAGCUUCCACAGAUACAUGGCAAUUCGUUAUUUGCUAUUGCUAAAGGGACUAGAAUUAGCAAAUAUGGCAUUUUGCCAUUAUUUUGAGGACAAGUAUAGUGAUCUCAAUAGGAAGAUCAAGUUUGUGAUGAAAUUAGUGGAGCUUUACAGGCCAUACUUGUUCUUCCGGGGAGUUUUCGAUGACUUGAACACAGAGAAGUUGCGAAUGGCAGCUAGGGAGAACAAUUUAGAGACCGAUAUGUUUUACUUUGAUCCCAAGACAAUUGACUGGGAAGACUACCUCACUAAUAUCCACUUUCCUGGGGUGGUAAAAUACGUUUUCAAAUGAUGAUCAUCGGCAAAUAUUGGACUACCUCCCUCUCUCUUUCGCCACCUCGCUAUAUCAAUGUGAAAUAAUAGUGCUAGGUAUUGGCAAAAGCAUUUGUGUUUAGAUUCAUAUUAACACACAAAAAUUCAGACUUUCAUCUCUAUCUUACUUCUCUUGCAUUGGAGUUUUGGUUUCUCAA